CGUACAGCGAGGGGUGUGGUUAAAUGUUCCUUAGUCCGCGAAAGGUAUUGGUCCCACGCUAUAUAAUGUUGUGGACCAGAGAGGAGAGAACAGGAGCACCACCGCGGUGACUGAAUCAGAGGACAAGUCAAACUAUGGCCAAAAUGCUGAGAUCAUGGGUGAUGUUCGCGGCUCUGGUCGUUUGCCUGCUGGUGUGUUGGAGCAGUUUCGCGGACGCCUACCCUCCCAAACCCGAAAGCCCCGGGAACAACGCUUCGCCGGAGGAUUGGGCCAAGUACCACGCAGCUGUCAGGCAUUAUGUCAACCUCAUUACCAGACAGAGGUACGGAAAGAGAUCUUCCCCUGAGGAGGCGGUGGCUUGGCUGCUGUUUGGUGCAAACUCCAAUCAAGAUGGUGAGCCUCGGUCUGACUAUGUUGACACAUGGUAAAUGAGCCCAGACUGAACCGAACCAGCCACCCAGUUCCCAACCCACCAAUCAAGACAUUUCUCAAGAGAGCACCUGCACUGGCCAGUGGACACAGUCUCAAUAUUUAAUGUGCAUGCAAAUCAGUGUUUCUGUUUCUUUUCGUUUGCUUCGGUCAGUAUGUAUUUGUUCUUUCUCUAAAAUUGUAAAUAAUUUUUAUCUAUAAGUCUCUUUACAAUAAAGAUCUGAGUGGAAUUUAAAAAAAUGUUUGACAUA